UGUCCUAGUCCCCGCCGCGGCCGCCGCCCCCGCUGCAGCUGGCGCAUCUGGAGCAGCUUGAGGCCGUGGGGCUCGGGCGGCUGCAGCCGCGAAGCUGUCAGCAGGUGGAGAGGAGGGGCCGAGCGAGCCCGGGAGUGGAGGCGCCCCGAGCCGCGAUUGCGGGCGCUGCCACAGCUUCCGAGCCGCCCAAGGGGAAGCAGCACAAUGGAGCCAGAGCCCGCCCGGGACUUAGGACUGGGCGACUCCUCCUUGCACAGAUACCUGGAUGGGGAUUUCUGGAGGCUGAAGAACGAGCUGCGCAGGCUCUUGGCCGGUUGUCCCCUCUUCUGGCAGAGAUACGACUUAAGUCUGGAUGAAAUGAGAGAUUUGACAUUUCAGAGAGUGAAAUUUACCAUGGGCUUACCUCAGUUAAAACGUGCAAUUCAGGAACAGGCAGAGAAAAAGAAGAAUUUUGUCAGAAGAAGUCUUGUCAUUGGAGAAGUCCUUUCCAUAGCAGACAUGGCAACAGGAGUAAAGUGUGGCAUAAUUUACUGGUUAUUUGGUGGGGCUGUCAGGAAUCUUGGGAGCCCAGGACAUGUUGCUAAGUGGUUCCAGCCACUCCAGGAGCAGAAAUACACAGGGAUGUUUGCAAUGACCGAGCGGGGUCAUGGUAGUAACGUGAGGGGCAUACAGACAGAAGCGACUUUUGAUCUCACUGCUCAGGAGUUUAUCAUUGACACCCCUUGUGAAAAUGCCAAAAAGAUGUACAUUGGGAAUGCAAUGGAAGGUCACUAUGCUGCUGUCUUUGCACAACUCAUCAUAAAUGGAAGAUCUCAAGGUCCCCACUGCUUCAUUGUUCCAGUGAGAGAUGAAAAUGGAAGCUUGUAUCCUGGAGUGACAGUGAUUGAUAUGUUACACAAAGAAGGUUUACAUGGUGUGGAUAAUGGGAUUUUAAUAUUUGACAAAGUUCGAAUUCCAAGGGAGAACCUACUGGAUAAGUUUGGUUCCGUGGCACCAGAUGGACAAUAUUAUUCACCCAUUAAGAACAAGAGUGAAAGAUUCAAUGUAAUGUUGGCAGCUUUGACACCAUCCCGAUUAGCUGUGACUUUCCAAGCCAUGGGAGCAAUGAAGCUUGGUCUGACAAUAGCCAUUCGCUAUAGCCACAGCCGGAGGCAGUUUGGGCCCAAGGCCAAGGAAGAAGUCAAGAUCAUUGAACACCAAACGCAGUACCUCCGAUUGAUGCCUCAUUUGGCAACGGCAUUAGCGCUGACUUUUACCAGCAGAUAUGCUGGGGAUUUAUUGGAUGAAGACAUCUUUCACGAGAAGGAUCUUGUCAACAGUCGUUCUUUGCAGGCUCUAGUAGCAGGACUGAAAGCAUACAGUACCUGGGAAAACAUAACCUGUUUACAGGAUUGUCGGGAGUGCACUGGAGGCAUGGGCUACAUGAUGGAGAAUCGGAUCUCAGGCUUAAAAUGUGACUCAGACGUGUUUGUGACCUUUGAAGGCGACAAUGUGGUCAUGCUCCAGGUGGUGGUACGAGAACUCCUUGCUCAGUAUACCAAACAGUAUGAAGAAAGACCACUUUUUGGCCUUCUUCGGAACUGGACAGAAUCUGUGAGUGACAACUUGAGAACCAGUUUUUUGGCAUUUAAUAUGGAUGCUAUUGGUAAUAUGACCUUCCUAUUGAAAGCAGUGAGUUUUCGAGAAAGAGUUCUUCAACGGGGAUUGGCGGCCAGAAUCUACUACAAGGUUCUCAUCACCUCAUGCCUGGACUCGUGCAAUAGCCUGCAGCUGGAUGGGCGGAACAUAGAGCUGGUCCAUCAGUACAGUGUUUUGGACCAACAGAGCCAAGGGAUACCAAGUAGGAGGCAGGUAAUGAUCAAGAAGGAGGACAUUUUCAGUGCCUGGAAUUCAUGUCUUCAUCAUGUUGCUUCCUUGUCCCUGGCGCACAUACACAGAGUUACUUUAGAACAGUUCUCCUUAGCAGUGGGGAGCUGCCCUGUUCGGGAGGACCAGACUUUGUUAAUGAAGUUUUGUCUUUUGUAUGGAACCAAGUUGGUGUUCCAGGAGAGAGCAUGGUACUUAGAGCAUAAAUACUUGACCCCAGCAAGCAGUGUGCAGAUCAGAAGUCAGUUGCUGAAUUUAUGUGAUUCGGUGAAGGAGGAUGCACUGAAGGUGAUUUCAGCUUUUAACAUCCCUCACAGCUCCAUCCACGCACCGAUCGCUGGCAUUCCCAAUCCACGAGCAGCCUGGGCGUUUUACCCUCCACCCCAGCCUCAAGAGCAGCCGAAGUCGUCGGGGGAAGGAGUGGGCCACCAGCGACUCAAAUUUGGGGCCAAGCUAUAAACGUGUUGUUUUCGGUGUUGUGUUUGCAGUCUCCACGGUGGUUCAUUUCACAGAAUCAGGAAGCUCACCCUAGAUGUGUGCCAGGAAAACAAUCCCAUUUAGGUCCUCGCUUGAUCACUUGGCCCCCUGCUGAAAAAGAAAGGGCACAAACUGGGGCCAGGCAAUGAAAGCAUGUGGCCACUUUGACCAUAGUUGUCUAUCAACGGGAUCGGGGAGGCCAGCGCAGGCUAGAAGCACAAGCCUAACUGCUGAUGAGUCUGGACAGGAGUCUCAAGGGAGUGAGAGGAGUGAGUUAGGGUGGGGUAGGGGUAGGGGUGGAAAGUGCUGCACGGGAAAGGACUUCCAGUCUUGUAUCUGCCAGAGAGCUCAGUAUUGUGACACCAAGCUCCGUCUCAUUGACUGCCUAGGGAUUGUCCAAAGCCAGGGAAUGAGCUGUCCUGUCUUGGCUUCUACAGGUUUAAAUCCAAAGAGAUUCUAUCCUUAUGGAUGGAACUCCCCCUGGAAAGAGUAAGUCAGAUUCUGAGGGAUUCCGGGAAAGCUGAUAAAAUGUAAACAAACCCACCGGACUCCCCUCCCUUCCUUGCCCGUGCCCCAGCUAGUCUAGGCAGUUAGCUGUUUCAGUGAGUCAGACCCACUUAGCUUCUUAAAGGAAAUGCCCCAGAGAUGACAGACUGAUAAUACCUUUUGGAAUUUUACUCAGAGAAGAUUUCAAAGCAAAUGCUCUGGAGGAGUCCGAGAAAAACCAGACCGGUCC